UGGAAAAGAGUGAUAUGUCAACCAGAGAAAAUCCUCAGAGGGUUAUUACACAGAUGAACAAUAGGAACGGCAGAAAAUUCGGCCGUAACAAAGUUGUCGUUAAAAGACACAAAAAGAAGACAAAUUUUGUAACCCGCCUGGUGAAUUUGUUCAGGAAAUGAAACAAUGACAAAACAAUCAAUAGGAAUCAGAUUACGAAGAUCUUUCAACACAAGAUUAGGCUGUAUAGAGUGCAGAAGUUUAAGAUCAAUAAUGAGAUAGCCUAUGUCAUUAGAUACAUUCAGUACCUCAGUACUGAUAUUUUGUUCCCACUCUAUAAUCACAAGAAGGAAUGAUUCAUUCAGCUGAUGAAUGCUGUAGAUAAGGAUGGAAAGGAUUUAUCUAUUAUGACUGCUUAUAAGAUUCUUGUUGAAAACCUUCAAAAACAAGAUUCUGAUAUGACCUAUAUCUUGAUCCCUCCUAUGUCUGAGGAGGACCAAAAGUCUUUCUUUGAUAAAUUUGGGAAUAACGCUCCCCUUGCUUUGGGAAGAAAGCAUCUGAAGAUUACAAGGAGGCAUUUUAGAGACCCUGAAAAUAAUAAUACUGUGGAUGUUAGUGAUAUUGGAAUUCCUGAGAAUGAAGAGCAAAAGCCGAUGAGUCAGGCUCUUAGAAUUCUAACUAGGAUCACUAGGAAGAAGAUGAAGAAAGCUUUCAACAAGCUUUACAACAAUAUGGUUAAUGGCUUUGUCAAUGAUGAGGAAAAAUAAACUCAAGGCUGAGUUACUGUUUACGAAACUAAACUCAAUCUUCUCUAAAAAGGGGGAUCUUGAUAAAUUUGCUUGAUUCAACAUGAUGAAAAACUUAUCUCCGGGAUCGUCCAAAAUAGAUAACUCUAGAGUGAAUUUCAAGAAAACUCAGAGCACAAAUCUCCCUAAUUCUCAAGAAGAAAGCAAAGGAGAUAAAAACAAACCAGUGAGUAGUCAGGCAUCUAUUUGGAGCAAAGUGCAAGCAAUGAAAUCUUCUCUGAUCGAGGACAUGUUAAAGAAGGAGCAAUCAAACCUGAAGAAUCUGUACCCUAACUUGGACUACGAUUCCCAUGAUUACCUAGACUCUGACCCUGAAGCUAAUGAACUUGACGCAUAUUUGGGUCGAAGGCUUGAGAAAAUAGAGAGAUCAAAGAAAUACAGAGAUGCUCUUAAGUAUGGAAAAGGGGCAGACACCUCCAUUGACAGCAAGACCACCUCGAAGAUAGUCAUUGGGGAGGAUACUGAAUACCGAUAUGUGCUUGAGAGUGAUGAAGGUGAAAGCUCUGAUACGGAUUCAGAAUCUGAGUCUGAAUAUAAUGAAUCUGAUACUCCAGUUGACAGAAUUUUUAGUCAUUCCUUCAUUCAACAAUCUAAAGGCACUGAGAAAGAAUUUUCCUACAACGAUGCUCCUCAAAAGCUUCAGAAAAAGAAAUCUCUGAAGCAAGAAAUUAAUCCAGAAGACUAUAAGAAGGUUGAGAAAAAGUCUUCCAGUAUAAAGAAAACUGAGAAGUGCAUUGAAGUUGAAGAAGUCAAGGAAGAAGGUUACUUUCAUCACAUAUUGGAUAAGUCUGAAGUUUUCUCCAACAUCUCUGCCAUCUGAGACCAUCCAAAUACCAACAACUUAAAGAAUAUUAUCAACUUCAACCCCGCUCACGGUAUAUCCUUCGAGGACGACACUGAGUUUGGAAAGGACAUCAAGAACCUCCACCUUGAAGAAUUUGGCGGUGAAUACACCGACAAGAUCGAUGAUGACUCUGAAGAGUUCCAGAUAAAGAAGAAGACUAAGGUCGUGAAGAAGGAUAUUAACGAAAUUGCCAAGGAUUUAGAGAAAAUUAGAGAUUUGGUCAUGCUUAAUGGAGAUAAAGGUGAAGGAGACCAAGAAGAUGUUGCAAAUGACGACGAGAUAGAAGAUUAUGAUGAAGAAGAAGAGAAAGAAUACGAAUUUGGAGAAGGAGAAUACCGUAUGGAAGAAGAUGAAUUAUGAGAAGGGGAAGAAUCUGAGCAAGAAUCCUCUAAUGCUCUUCCUGAGUACAACUCCAGAGAAAUAUCAGACUUCAUUACCGAUAUUUAAAGGGAUUCCCUUACUCAUGCAAUAAAUAAGUUUUUAAUAAUUGUAUC